UAUAAGAGAGUGUGCAGUGUUUGUUUUGUCAGACGGUUUCUUGCCAGACAGUUGUUUGUAAUCUCGCAUUGCGUUGAAUAUGUCGAAGUCCGUUCCUGGUGUUAGUCUCGGAAACGGCUACGAAAUACCUGGAAUAGGAUACGGUACAUACUUGGCCACGCGUGAACAAGGAUUUGACCUAGUGAAGAAAGCAAUCGACUCUGGUUAUAGGCACAUUGAUACCGCUUUCCUGUACGAGAAUGAAGUCGAAGUAGGUGAAGCAAUACGGGCAAAAAUUUCCGAAGGCAUAGUCAAGCGUGAAGAUUUGUUCGUUACGUCGAAGCUAUGGAAUACGUUCCACGAUCCAAAUUACGUUGCCGAAGCGUUUCAGAGGUCGUUCGAUAUGCUCAACAUCGAUUACAUCGAUCUGUAUCUGAUGCACUCCCCGAUGGGACUCCAAUUUCAAGGUUACGAAUAUGGAGACAUGCAACCGAAAGACGCUGAUGGAAAUCCUCUAUACUCUGAUGUGGACUACGUCGAAACAUGGAAGGCCAUGGAAAAGUUGGUUAAUAGUGGCAAAGUUCGUAGCAUCGGUCUGUCAAAUUUUAAUAGCGAGCAAAUCAAGCGAAUUUUAGCGAUGGCUGAGAUUAAACCAGUUAACAAUCAGAUUGAGGUCAAUCCUGGUUGGAAUCAGAAAAAACUGAUGGAAUUCUGUAAAAGUCACGGCAUUACGGUAACAGCCUUUGGUCCGAUGGGUCGCCCGCAUCGGUUAACGUAUGGUAAUAAGUCGGCUCUGGGAGAUCCAAAAGUGCUCGAAAUUGGACGCAAGUAUGGAAAGACCGACGGUCAAGUAAUCCUCAGAUAUCUAAUACAAUUAGGAACAAUUCCGAUUCCCUAUUCUACCAAGGAAGCACGUAUCACACAGAAUCUCGAUGUGUUCAAUUUCACUUUAACUGAUGAAGAGAUGCAGAUCAUGGAUGGGUUCCAGUCGGAACGAACACUUCCGUUUCCACCGUUGAAAAAGCAUAAAUACUACCCUUUUGGAAUUGAAUUUUGAGGCGCCGAUUUAUUGAUUUAUGAAGAAAUAAAAAAUAGUUUUCAUUUCUAGAUCGAAUGUUGCAUGUGAAAAGCUGAAUACUGUGGGUUGUCACAAAGUACCUGCGUUUUUCUUCAGGAAACAAUAUGGUUCUUUCAACAGCACAAUUAAGUUGCCAAAAACUUAUUAACUUAUGAAAAUCAAUACAAAACUAUUUUGGUUUGGAAACUCAGAAUGUGAAUAAACAGGGUGCGUGCGAUAUUUGAGGACAAAAUGGUAAUAAAAUCAAUUUGAUCAAAAAUUACUCAAAA